AUAUAGUUGACAGUGACCAUCCUCACUGCUAUCUUCGAUGACUUUCAUUUCACGCCUUAUGAGGUUUCAUGUCCCUCCCACCGAAACACGAGAUUGGAUUGAGAGUCUCCAAGUCACCUCCCGGCUCUACCGGCAUUAGCGGGGGUCCUGGUGUUGCUCGGAAACCGAACCCAACCAAUUUGGGACGAUAAAACACGGGAUCAAACACGCUAUCGAAGAUCUCGCGAUGAUAAAAAUGAAAAGAAAUCACUCACGCUCCUCGUUCCCUCAAUCCCCCAUGGUUGUUUUGGUGCUGCUCCUCGUUGCCACCUUGCUGCUUUGCCUUUGGACUCGUACACGACGAAGGUCGGUUAAUCCUCCGGGCCCCCCUUCAUGGCCAAUCAUAGGAAACAUUCUCAACAUUCCCUCGGUGGAACCAUGGCUGGCUUUGUCUGAUUUGAAAAAGAGCUACGGCGACCUGAUUUACCUACAUGGUUUGGGGAACAAAGUUCUCGUCCUCAACUCUUUGACGGCCAUCAACGACUUGCUUCAUAAACGGAGCAGUGUCUACUCUCAUCGACCCAUCCUUACCGUCGCUAGCGAAUUGAUGCAAUUGACUAGAAGCCUUGUGUUCAUGCCCUAUGGCUCGGAAUGGCGGGAACAUCGUAAACUGGCACACCUGGCACUCGGCUUGACAGCGGUGAAGAAGUAUCAAGUGAUCCAGGAGGAUAUCACAGUCCUUCUAUGCAAAGACAUCCUCGAGACACCCCAAAACUUUCAUUCUCUUGUCAGGCUUGCCUCAGGUCGUUUAGUGAUAUCCAUUACAUACGGAUUCUCAGUACCCGCAGGAAGCAAGUUCAUCGACCUCUCGGAAAAAGCAAUGGCCAUAUGCGGUGCUGCUGCUGUCCCGGGCGCAUACUUAUGUGAUGCGCUUCCAAUCCUCAAGCACCUGCCCUCGUGGAUGCCGUUCCACAGGGACGCGGAAAGAGGGAAAAACGCGGCGACCCAGGCGGCAACGGAGCCUUUCAAGCGCUUCACUGACGAUUUGCAACGCGGUGCCGCUAGACCUUCUUUGGCCUACGAUCUCCUGUGUGGUGAGAUAGAGGAAGUUCCAGAAGAAAGGGCAAAAUGGGUUCUGGGAACCAUGUUUGUUGCUGGUUCAGAAACGACUCAUGGAAUCACCAUUACUUUCAUCUUGGCAAUGGCUCUCCAUCCGGAUAAACAGCGCAUUGCCCAAGCCGAGAUCGAUGGGCUGCUGAACACAGAAAAUCGAAUGCCACUCCUCUCUGACUUACCCAACUUACCAUAUCUGAAUGCCGUGAUGAAGGAGACGAUGCGUUGGCAUCCGAUACUUCCUUUCUGCAUAGCCAGGAGAACGGGGGAAGAGAGUGAAUAUGAUGGAUAUACCAUUCCUAAAGACACGGUCGUCAUUCCCAACGUUUGGUCCGUUGCUUUCGCGCCAGACGACCGCUAUGACCCUCAUGAAUUCAUCCCGGAGCGAUUCCUUCCGUCCAACAGCCAACCUCCUCCAGAUCCUGCGUCAUACAUCUUCGGAUUCGGGAAACGGGUCUGUCCAGGAAAAGCACUUGGCGAAGGCACCGUAUUUUUAUUUCUAGCCUCUAUUCUAUCGACUUUCAAGAUAUCGCUUCCCGAGGAGACAGUGAAAAAUCCCCCUUCCUUCCAGUCUGGGUUGACGAGUUUCCCCAACCCGUUCAAAUGCAACAUCGUGCCACGGUCGGAAGUACAUGCUGAACGAGUGAAGAGACGUGCAGAGCAAUGUCAAUCUUGAAAAAAACGAUAUUUUUCCACACACUCACC